AAUGACAAAUAGAAUAUGGGAGUAGAGGGGAAAAUAACAUCAGUAAAUAUGAACAAACCACUUAUUUCAUGUGGUUGUAAAAACAAAAUGGUUGCUUUUCUCUAUGAUGUGAUAUUUUAUACCAUAGGUGUCAUAUUUAAUGGGGUACAGGAACCUGAAGCUGUGUGUGAUCACCCCAAGCUUUCAAGAAACAUGUCGAGUGACCCUAGCAGUGAUGGACCUCCUUCACCCUCUCCCAUUAGUGGACUGAAUGCCCCAAAAUUUGGAACUUUGAUACCCAACAGAAUAUUUGUGGGUGGAAUUUCUCCAAGUACAACAGAAGCAGAACUUCAUGCACUAUUCUCAAACUACGGAAAUGUCAAGGCCACAAAAAUCAUAGCAGAUCGAGCAGGUGUAUCAAAAGGGUAUGGAUUUGUAACAUUUGAGACUGAAGAAGAAGCCAAGAGAAUGCAGGCAGAGUCAGAAAACUUAGUGCUGAAAGACAGGAAAUUAAACAUAGCUCCAGCAAUAAAAAAACAGCCUUUUGGUAGAAUGUAUAAUGAAUCAACACAACUGGUACCAAAUGGGACCAUCAUUUAUCAGAAUGGUGUACCUUGUACUUAUCAUAACGGAAUGGCUUUUUACUCCGCUCCUGAUUCUUUAUAUCAAGUGCCUCAGCCACAAACAACUUACCCUGUGGUUUACGGACAACCAAUGUAUGUACCUCAGCAACAGUUCCAGUACCAACCAGCAAUGUCUGCACAAUGGACAGCCAAUAACCAGUGGCAUUGGGCUGCAGCUACCUCCUCUGUGUCUGGCCAGCACCUAUAUUCUACCGUGUCAUCUCCACCUACAAUUACCACACAAACCUCAUCAGAGUUGUAUCAUUAUGAACUCAUACCUCAUCAGAUACACUUGCCAGCUAACCCCUCUGGAGUGCAACUGGCCACAUAUCCUACCCAUACAACAACAGAGAACUUUGACUACACUGUGCUUGAAAAUGAAUGUGAGGGAUAUAAGCCCUCUUAUCCCAAAACAACCCCCAGCAUCAUAGAGAAUUAUGCAGUUGGCCUGGAAAGGCACAAUAUUCCAACCUCUGCUACUAGAUGUCAUAGUUCUGGAGAAAAUACCUCAAGCCAGAAACAUCUGGUUCCCAAGAUGGUGAAUGGUGUCACUGUGAUGGCUUACCACAACCCCUGCAAUUGUUGCUACUCCCUAACCCUAUAGAGAUAAAGCCUGUGGAGAUUAUGGAACUGUUAUGAUUGCCCCUGAAAGAGACAUUGAGCUCAUCCCAGCUUUAUCUAUGUCUCCAACUCUUCCCUCAACAUCUGUGCUGUUUUACUUGAAGGAAACCACCCAAAAAUUACGGACUCCUUUUCUGUAAUAGUAAUAUUUUUUUGGUCUAGAUAUUUUUCAAACAUUCUCUCUCCCAGGAACUAUUCUUCCCAAAUCUAAAAGAAUGUACUAAACUAAUUUUGUUCCACUUGUGCCUUCGGAAAGAAAAAAAAUUGUGCCUCUUCUUAUUGACGUCGGUCUGUCACAGAAAAAGUUUAUUUCAACCUCAAAAACUGAGUCAACGUCCCAACUUAAGGAAGCUAAUUUUGAGAAGUUUACUUAUAUUUUGCUUUAUAUUUAGUGAAUUGGAUGUUGCAAAAUCUUGCCAAGAACAUCUGUGCCAAAUUUCAGCUCAACUGUACGUGAGCUUUUAUAUAUAUAUAUAUAUUAAUUUUUUUUUGAAGCAUUUUAUUAAUCUCCUCUCUCAUCAUUUGUGCUGAACUGCUGAUGCUUUUCAAAUUGGAUUGUCUUAGUGAAACUUUGUUAAUCAUGCCCAUUCCAUGUUGAAAAAUCUUCAAAACUGGCAUAUCUCUCAAAGUGCCAUUCUUUUGUUAACAUAUUUCAAAGAAGUUUACUAAUUAGCACAUUAUGGUUUUAUGUUAUCGACCUUGAUUAUGUUCUAUAACACAGUUCUAGUCAAAUGGCCACAUCAGAUCUUGACUUUUGCAGCUGAACAUGACUACAUGAUCUUGGAUCUCUAAACAUGCUAUUGAUAUAAAAAGUUGCAUUUGAUAUAACAUUUAUUUAUACAUGUUCUUGAUACUUCCUGUGAUAAAAUGAAGUUGUCCAUUGCCCAUGUUUUUGGAUGAUGAUGAAGCAACUCAAAAAGUGUCAGGUUGUGUUUGUCAUAUGUAGUAUGUUUGCUGUCUCAUCAUAAUGAAAAGACUGUUACACUUCAUCUACGAAACAUACAAAAAACACUAGUCACUUAUCAUUACUCUGUAAUUAUUAUUAUUAUUAGCAUUUCUAACUACUAAAAUUAUUAAAAAAUUCUCUGUAAUUAGCAACUUGAUAUUUUGUUAAGACUAGAGGCUAAUAUUGUUUUUAGCUUGUAAAACAAGCUGUUUUAAAAGAGAUGAAAAUUAUUUAAGAAAAACAGUAGUUUAAAGUGAUUUUAUAAAGAAAGUUUGUUUUGUUUUUGCUUAAUUGCCAAAAAUACAGGUUUUGAUUAUAUAUAAUGUGUCAGUUGUUAAUUUAACAAAAAUCUACAUUGUACAGUAAAAGCUAUUUUCAGGGUGUUUUAUGUUAGACUUAUCUUUUUUCCAUGGUUGUGUCAGUUUGCUAAAUGUGUCUAGUCUGGAUCCAUAUAGUUCUCCGAGUUAUGUGACUUAUCUUCUUUAAGCUGUUGAGUGUCAACUUGUGAAAUAUAAUAUAUACUCUUGUAGUUUUUAACAAAAUGCCUGUUAAACUUUCUAAUGCACGUGCCUUAACAUAUUUGUAAUAUAGAUUACAUAAAAUAGUUGUAGCAAAUGUUUCGUGUACUUACUUGUGGACUGUAGAAACAUAUUCUUUAACCCAUUAACUGCAGCAGGAGCAGCUCAGUUGCCGUUUUCUGACUCGCAGAUAAAACUGAGUUGUCAUCAAUCACAAUAAAACUAUAAUUUUCGUCAUUCGCAUAGAGUUAUAGUUAUAUAU